GGAAUGUGUGAGAGCAAAUCACGUGUCCGUGAGAGAUCCUACAUCCGUUCGGUGGAUUACUUACUCGAGUCCCGAGUACGAGCUCUACAUUUCAGCCUCCAUCAUCCGUCAAUCAUGACGCUUCCUGACUCCUUGUGCAUCCUGAUCCUCCGCCACCAUAGCUGUGGGCAUCGGUCCCGGCGCCAUGCCGCGACGCAGCUGUGGAACGUCGGCACACAUCCUACGGUCUCAUACAUAUAAUCUAUAGCCUUCUGCUCCAUCCCCAUAUCUCUCCCAUGACUCCCCACUUGAGGAAACCCUCCCGACGCAUCUCCGCCUUGUUCGCCCCUUCGUUGCUGCUCGCGGAUCUGGCGUCCAUUCUCCGUGACCGUGCAUCGGGUUCUGGACGUCAGCGCCGAGCUCUUCUGGUCGGGAUACGCGACACCCGAGACAGCGACUAUGGUCCGAUUCCGUCUGCGCAUGACGACGUGAGACAGAUGUACAGUCUGCUCGUGGAUGUAUGCCAUUAUGAGCCAAAGGACAUUGUCUGUCUUGUUGACGAUGGAGUGAGCCCUGAUCCCACCAAGGAGAACCUUCUUCGUGCGAUCGACAAACUUGUUCAAGGGGUGAAGAGCGGAGACCAUAUCUUCUUCCAUUAUUCCGGACAUACGACUCAGCAACUCAACCGCUCCCUGACGGAGGAUGACGGGAUGGACGAGGUCCUGAUCGCUGGCGAUGGGGCGCAAAUCGUUGACAACACACUUUACGAUCGUCUCGUCGCCCCGCUUCCCUCUGGCUCUCAUCUGGUCGCUGUCCUAGACACGUGCCAUUCGGGGACACUGCUCGGUGCGCACCUGCUUGACCAGCAUGAUGAUAAACAUGACCAUCCGACAGACCUCCGCCAUUAUCUAUGCAACAGACCAGGUUACGACAAGCCUCGGCAUUCGCUCUUCUAUCCCACCAUACGUGAAGUUCUAUGUGUUGCGUCGACAGCUGCGCUCGUCCCUGUGACCUUGUCUUCCUCUUUCAGGUUUCAUCCGUGGUCCUGUCUCGGGGAUUGUCGCAGAAGACCUGGUCCGGAAGUCGCUCGUCCUGGGAAACAGCCUGUGCGCGCGGAUGUGAUCUGUCUCUCUUCCUGCCAAGACUCCCAAAGCGCAUGGGAUGUCAGUGGCCAUGCGACAUUCACCGCCUGCCUGGCUCACUUUCUCCGCACCGCCCCGGACAGCACACUGCAUGAUGUGGUGAAGCAAAUGACAGCGCAAGUGGAAGCGAUGACGUUCAAGCGGGAAGCACGGGGGAUAGAGAACCGCCGGUUUGUUCAGUGGGCUCUGAAGCACGCGAGGAAGAUCGAGAAGACCAGUCCUGUUCUCUUGCGCAGCCUCUCCGAUCCGCACACCGUCCCAUCGGUUGUGCUGCCCCUCCAGCCAGAGCGGCCUCCUCACGGUCACGGGACUUUCAUCUUGGAGGACCUUGGCAUGCGCGACCCCGCUCCCCGCACGAGCACGGCUCGGAGUGACCCGCACUGGCAACGCCGCCCCCGGCGUCCCCUCUCUCAAGUGGUGGAGAGGGCGCUCAAUCUGGGCUUCCUGAAAUGGGGACCCCAUCAUCGCAGGCAGUUUUUCCUGGCGCGUCAGGAUCCAGAGCUGUCGAGCGGGAAACCAAUCGACAUGGGCCGAACAUGGAUGGAUGCCGUCUCAGGGCAAGCGGUGUGUCGCUGACUUGGUCUUUCCAGUGUGAUGAAUAUCUGUGUUACGCUGCCUGUUUGAAUAUUUAUUCAAGUCUGAAAUUUGUGAAUCUCCCAGUCACGUGGUGGCUCUGGAUAAUCUGUCCUCUGAGACCUGCGUCUCAAACUUCAUAUAUCGAUGAAACAUAAGAUACGUACUCUCCAUGUAAUCCCAGACAUUUGGACUAGGCUUAUUGAGAACUCACUAAAAAUACCACGGCUCAGUGAGCUAGUCAAGGGCGUUAAUGAUGAGGGUUUAUUUACA